ACGUUUUUCAGUGAUGACAGUCUUCUGCUCAGUCCUCGAGUCUCUCAGGCUGGUGGAUGAAUGAAUUUGGUUGGUCCAGAGAAAACAACUCUGUGGAUGUGAGUUUGAAUGAAAACGUAAGCAUUGCACUGCCCAGCAAAAGUGACUGUUUAUUCUCACUCCGUUUGGCACUUCUAGGACAAGAUUCAUCAUUUGCCUUAGAGAAACCAGCACCAGCCAGGCUUAAGCACAUAAAACAUUCACUGUGAAGAAAAUAACAUUUUGAGACAUUUCUCUGUUGCGAGUGAUAGAGGAAAAACCAAUACAGAAGUGGACUUUCCUGUGUGUAUCUCCUUGUACUGCUUUUGAUAACUCAGGAAUGAAGCCACCAUUAUGUCCUCAGUCAGUGAAGUAAAUGUUGAUAUCAGAGAUUUCCUAAUGAGCAUUAAUUUGGAGCAGUAUCUCCUACGCUUCCGCGAGUUUGGUUUUGAUACUGUGAAGGACUGUGCGGCAGUCAAUGACAGCGUGCUGCACAAAAUUGGAAUAUCACCUACAGGACACCGGAGGAGGAUACUGAAACAGUUGCAGAUAAUCUUGUCAAAAAUGCAAGAUAUCCCAAUAUAUGCAAAUGUUCAUAAAACAAAGAAGGAUGAUGAGACUUCAAAGGUUCCCCAUGCUCCAUUCUCUGAUGGGAGUAACUCCGUAGAUCUUUCAGAUGCAGGUGGUAUUCAAGCACCUAGCCCAACGCAGUGGGAGACUGUUACCAAAACUCUUGAUCAAAAUGAUGUUAGUGUAGAAAAUAGCCAGUCUCUUAAAUCAGAUGAUAAGCUGUCUCUUCCUAAACACAACUUUCCCCUUCCAGAAGAAGAACCACACCCGAGUUUGAAUUCUUUUCAGCAUACUUUAUUUGGUAGUGAAAAUAUUAAAGGAGAAUCUUUGAUUACAGAGAUAACUAUGGAUUGCACAAUUGAAGAGCAACAAACAAACAGAGCUGAUUUGAUCUCAGAAAAUGUGAGCCAGCUUCCUGAUGUAGACUCUGAAUGCCUUUCUUCCCUCCGCCCAUCAGUAUCAGAGGCAAAUUCUGGAAGUGGAACUAAUGGUUUAUUAGAAAGAUCACUGCCGUCCCCAUUCUUUCAAUUUCAAGGAGAGAUGGUUGUAAAUGAUUUGUAUGUUCCAUCGUCACCAAUCCUAGCACCCAUGAGAAGCCGUAGCAAGCUGGUUUCAAGACCAUCUAGAUCUUUUCUGCUAAGACAUCGUCCUGUACCAGAGAUUCCAGGGUCUACAAAAGGAAUUUCAGGGAGCUAUUUCCGUGAGAGAAGAAACACUGCUACCUCAACUGGAAAGUCUGUGACACAGGAAAAUUCAAAGGAGGAAAAUUCAUCUUCCAUUUUUCCUUAUGGAGAGACCUUUCUCUUCCAGAGACUAGAAAAUUCCAAGAAGAGAUCUAUAAAGAAUGAAUUUUGGACCCAUGAAGAAACACUCAAAGGGGAAACAACUACUGAAAAAAACUCUUUUCUUGUGAAAUCAAGCAUAUAUGAUAACAGGAAGGAGAAUAUAAGCGAAGACAAAGCAGAAGAUAUUUGGAUACCUCGAGAGGACAAAGUUAAUUUUCCAGUAGACUCUGCUUCAGAAUCAGAAUAUUCAACAGUAGAAGAAUGCUUUCAGAGUUUAAGAAGAAAAAAUUCAAAGGCAUCUAAAUCUAGGACUCAAAAAGCAUUGAAUUUGGACCCUGUUAAUAGGCACAGUUAUCCGUUAAGCUCAACAAGUGGAAAUGCUGAGUCCUCAAUCGUUUCCUCAAAUGCAAUAUCUCCCUAUGCCUGUUUUUAUGGGUCCUCUGCAAGGAAGGUUAAAUCCGGAUGGCUAGACAAACUCUCCCCUCAAGGAAAACGCAUGUUUCAGAAGAGAUGGGUGAAAUUUGAUGGCUUAGGCAUUUCUUACUACAAUAAUGAGAAGGUGAACGUAUUCAAAGGAAUAAUUCCUCUUUCUGCUAUAUCUACGGUACGAGUUCAAGGAGACAACAAAUUUGAAGUUGUUACAACACAAAGAACUUUUGUUUUUAGAGUAGAAAAAGAAGAGGAGAGAAAUGACUGGAUCAGCAUACUGUUAAAUGCACUGAAAUCACAGCCCCUGCCUUGCAGGUCUCAAGCAGCUGCUGCACCUGAGAAAUGUGGAUAUCUUGAAUUGAGAGGGUAUAAGGCCAAAAUUUUUACUGUGUUAAGUGGAAACAGCGUGUGGCUUUGCAAAAAUGAACAGGAUUUUAGGAGUGGACUUGGUAUUACCAUAAUUCCUAUGAACGUUGCAAAUGUAAAGCAAGUGGUCCGAACUGUAAAACAGUCUUUUGAAAUAAUCACUCCCUACAGGAGUUUUAGCUUUACAGCCGAGUGAAAAGAGAAACAAGAGUGGAUUGAAGCUGUGCAGCAAUCGAUAGCAGAAACUCUCUCUGAUUAUGAAGUAGCUGAGAAGAUUUGGUUCAAUGAGUCCAACAGGAGCUGUGCAGAUUGCAAAGCCCCGGAUCCUGACUGGGCAUCCAUCAAUCUCUGUGUUGUCAUCUGUAAGAAGUGUUGCAGGAUCCUCACCUCAUCGCUUAUUCCCUCUGUAAUGAUGCAACCAUGGGUUCUUUUGUUUCGGCAUAUAGAGUUAGGACAACAUAGAUCUUUAGGACCAAAAGAUUCUAAGGUUAGAAGUCUGAAAAUGGAUGCCAGCAUUUGGAGCAAUGAACUCAUUGAGCUCUUUAUUGUCAUUGGAAACAAAAGAGCAAAUGACUUUUGGGCUGAUCUUCAAAAAGAUGAAGAAUUACACAUGGAUUCACCCGUAGAAAAGAGAAAAACCUUAAUCACUCAGAAGUACAAAGAAGGAAGAUUCAGGAAGACUCUACUAGCGUCUCUCACCAAAGAAAAUUAAAACCAGGCUCUGUGUGCUGCUGUAGUGAAACCAGAUGUUUUGGAAACAAUGGCUUUGCUCUUCAGUGGAGCCGAUGUCAUGUGUGCAACUGGAGACCCUGUGCAUAGCACCCCCUAUCUGCUGGCCAAGAAGGCGGGGCAGAGCCUGCAGAUGGAGUUUCUCUACCAUAACAAAUUCUCAGAUUUCCCUCAACAUGACAUUCACUCUGAAGGUGGAUUAGGUCAAGAGCCUUCCCAAUCCAUGUUCCUCUGUGACUUUUUGUAUCAGGCUUCUGCCGCUGCUUCUAAACUUUCUACAGAGAAAAAACUGCUUGAAGAGACACAAUAAAAGUGGUGUGUUUUGGAAGGAGGCUUCUUGAGUUACUAUGAAAAUGAUAAGUCUACCACACCUAAUGGCACCAUUAACUCAGUGAAGUUUCUGCUGGCUGUCCACAAAGAGGACUUCUAUUUAAAUACCGGGCCCAUCUUUACCUUUGAGAUCUAUUUACCCUCAGAACGUGCAUUAUUUGGAGCAGAAACAUCUCAAGCUCAGAAAUGGACAGAGGCAAUAGCCAAGCAUUUUGUUCCCUUUGUUGCUGAAAACUUAACAGAAGCUGACUAUGAUUUGAUUGGUCAACUCUACUACAAAGACUGCCAUACCCUGGAUCAGUGGAGAAAGGGCUGGUUUUCUAUGGACAAUCUAUUUGCGUUUUUUGGCCUUCCAAUGCAAGAAGUUCAGGAAUAUAGAAUGCACUUAAGAAGACUGCAAGAGCUAACAAUCAGCACAGUGGUUCAAAAUGGGGAAAAAAUAGAUGUCUUGCUCUUGGUAGAAAAAGGGAGAACAUUAUACAUCCAUGGGCAUACCAAGUUGGAUUUCACAGUCUGGCAUACUGCAAUUGAAAAAGCAGCAGGUACAGAUGGUAAUGCAUUACAAGAUCAGCAGCUCAGCAAAAAUGACGUUCCCAUUAUUGUGAACAGCUGUAUAGCAUUUGUUACACAGUAUGGUUUAGGAUGCAAAUAUAUCUAUCAAAAGAAUGGUGAUCCUUUGCAUAUAAGCGAACUCCUGGAGAGUUUCAAAAAGGACGCAAGGAGCUUUAAAUUGAGGGCUGGAAAACAUCAGCUUGAAGAUGUGACAGGCGUGUUGAAAAAUUUUCUCUCCGACAUUGAUGAUGCACUUCUUACUAAGGAGCUCUAUCCAUAUUGGAUCUCUGCUUUAGAUACUCAAGAUGACAAGGAAAGAAUUAAAAAGUAUGGGGCAUUUAUACGUUCUCUUCCAGGGGUCAACCGAGCAACGUUGGCAGCUGUAAUCGAACAUCUUUACAGGGUUCAGAAAUGCUCAGAAAUCAAUCACAUGAAUGCCCAUAAUUUGGCCUUGGUCUUUUCAUCCUGUUUGUUUCAAACUAAAGGACAAACUAGUGAAGAAGUGAAUGUAAUCGAGGACUUAAUUAAUAAUUAUGUUGAGAUAUUUGAGGUUAAAGAAGACCAAGUCAAACAAAUGGACAUAGAAAAUAGCUUUAUUACCAAGUGGAAAGACACUCAAGUUUCCCAGGCUGGAGAUUUGUUAAUUGAAGUGUAUGUGGAAAAGAAAGAACCCGACUGCAGCAUUAUAAUUCGGAUCUCUCCUGUGAUGGAAGCAGAGGAAUUAACUAAUGAUAUAUUAGCAAUAAAAAAUAUAAUUCCUGUGAAAGGUGAUAUCUGGGCCACAUUUGAAGUCAUUGAAAAUGAAGAGCUAGAACGCCCACUUCACUACACAGAAAAUGUGUUGGAACAGGUGCUUCGGUGGAGUUCACUAGCUGAACCUGGUUCUGCUUAUCUUGUGGUGAAGAGAUUCUUAACCAUUGACACAGUCAAUCACUAUAAUGAGAGGAGGGCCCUGGAAAGUAUCAAAGAAGGAGUCUUGAAAAUUAAAGAAGAACCAUCUAAAAUACUGUCUGGAAAUAAGUUUCAAGACCGGUAUUUUGUUUUACGAGAUGGGUAUCUCUUUCUCUACAAGGAUUCAAAGAGUAGUAAAUAUGAGAAAAUGUUUUCCCUCAGUUCAAUGAAGUUUUAUCUUGGAGUGAAAAAGAAAAUGAAGCCUCCAACAAGUUGGGGAUUGACAGCAUAUUCCGAAAAACAUCACUGGCACAUUUGUUGUGAUAACUUACAAACUCAGACGGAGUGGAUGGCCAGUGUCUUUAUCGCCCAGCAUGAAAACGACAUAUUGCCACCAGCUGGAAAGGAACGAAAACGUUCUAUAACCAAAAAUCCCAAAAUCGGAGGUUUGCCUCUAAUUCCAAUCCAGCAUGAGAGAAGUGCAACCCAAGCCAGGAAAAAUAUUGAGAGUGCGAGAGCAGAGCUGGAACGGCUGAGGCUCAGUGAAAAGCGUGACCAAGAGCUUGGGGAUGGGAGCUUAAGGGAGAGAGCCUCCAUGGUGGCCCAGUGCCUGGAGCACAAGGACGAGAAACUUCGAACUAGAACCAGAAAACAUCGGAGUUUCAACUGUCUGGAGGACACAGAGGCUGAGGUCCUUCACGGGCAACAGAAAAGCCAGAAAGCCCUCAAGACAUGGAGGAAACCCGAGGACAGCAAUGGCAAAGCUGUUUUAGACUCUGAUAGUAAGUUACCAUCAAAGGUUAUUGAAGAACUUAGCCUGGUUCUGCAACGGACAAGAGCCCUUCCAAAAGACUUACAGGAUGAGCAGGUCUUGCAGAAAGAGAUAAAGUAGUUUUGCAGAUUAAUUUUUUGUAAUAUUGUAUACAGUGUUUGCGUGCAAACCAGAAACCAAACAGUAAUUCAUGGUUUGUGAGAUUUGUCUAGCUAUACAUAAGCAUUUAAAUAGCAUUUUAAAAUGUAUAUGUACAUAUGUGAUAAGUGUAAGAUUAUGGUUUUUUUGGCCUGAACAAAAUUUGUACCGUUUAAGUGUAUUAACCUUGUGUAAGAAGGCAUUGGGUUACUGUGAGUCAGCCAGGCUUUUACAGUAGUUGUCUGUUGAAUGGUGUAAUUUAUGAGCAGAAAUCUCAAACUGUACUAUAUUGUAUAAAAUGUUUUAACUGAAGCCUAUGAAAUUAUAUGUAUCACAUUUUGCACUUUGAGAAACCUUGUAUAUUAAGUUACCAUAUGUUUUUAGGUUUACAUAGGGUCCACCAUAUGGAAAAGAAAGGGAAGUUGUAAAGAGGAAGGAUUUAUUUUAGUGGCUGCCUGUCAAACAUUGGAGUUUUCAGAUGAAGCAAGAGUUAACAAAAAACCAAGGAGGUCCAUUAAGAUUCAUUCUAGUUCACUAUGGACCAGAACUUAUUAAUGAGGAACUGCCUGUUAAGAAAAAAAGUCUAGUGACUGCUUCCCAAGGUAAUGUUCAGCCAACAAACACGAAUCAUGGCACUGGCCACACUUACUUAUGGUGUUAGGGAACCAUCCACGGUGUGCAUUCACUACUCUCCAGUUCUUCGCAGGUGGCUGCUGAGAAGAAACUUAACACUGCAUUGAAGACCUGGCAUGGUUGCCAUUUGCACUGACUGUUGCUGUGUACAUUUUUUUAAAAUUCCUUACUAUGGAUUUUGUACAAAUUCAUUAUCACAGGGUUUUGUUACUGUGUUUUAAUUUUUUUGUCAUUGCUUUACCUUGUAUUUCAUUUCUUGUUAUUUUAAGUAAGGUUGUGAUCUCUUUCUCCACAACGUCGUAAUUAACUGGAAGUAUACAACAUAUGGCCAUUUUAGAGUGGGGGAUAGUUUACCCCACUUUUGGCAGCUACCAGUUCACAUUUAAUCAGGUCUCUUUAAAAAAAAAAAAAGUAGUCUCCUCCUGUGCCUAAUAAAUGAUAAAGCCCUCUGUUUUUUGCCUCCACAUUAGGGUCAGCUACUGAGUUGGUGGUUUUCCUCCAACAGACGAUACUGUCUAAGUAUAGUUCACUUUAGGGACAGCGCUUUUCAUCCAUUUCCUAAGAAUUUUAUUAGGUCUGAUGAGUUUUGAUUAAAAUUAUCUUAUAUAGCUAGGUCUUAUUUCAGCCACUUAUUUUACCCCCCCUUUUCAGGGUCUUCUUCAGAAUCUGUUAUACGAAAGCCCAUACUUUUGUGAGUCCGGUCAUUGUAUAGGAAUGUACUCUUAAAUACUCUGAAUUUCUUCCUUGUAAAAUACUGAUCACUUCUAUUUGGUGGUGAUAAAAUAGUUUACCAUGGAGGUGUGAUAUUUAUUCUUUAAAUCUGUACUGAUUAGAAUUUUUUUUUUUUUUAAAGAAACUGCAGGUCAGUUUAUGAAAUAGGUGGCAGCGCUGGGGAGCCUUCAUGUAAAGCAAGAAAUGAUGGUACUUAGGAAAAAAACCUAAAACUAUUAUCCCUAAUAAAUUAUAAUAUUUAUGGGAUGAGGCAUAUGGACUAUAAUUGACCAUGGGAAAGUAUCUGGAGUUUUUUACCUGCCUUCUCUGAAGAUUUUUGAAACUUGAGCUUAGAAUCAAAUAGUUCUGUUUCCCUUCCUUUCCUGUAUGUUUGUCUCCAUUUUUCAAGAGUAAGAUAAGGGCUAACGAUGACAUCUCAUAUUUUGAAUAAAAAUUCAGUUGUUUUACAAGUUCA